CUGUCCAGCCAUGUCCAGCCACCGCCGCGGCUCCUUUCGAGGCCGAAAACGCUUCUACCGCGACACUUUCGCGCCAGGAGGCUCGAAAACCGACCCGCUCAACAUUGAAAUCGAGCUAACCGAGAAUCCGGAAGAGGAGAAGAAGCGUCUAGGGCUUCUGGAUCCAACGACCGAGCGUUCCAAGAAGCGGAAGGUGGAAAAGGAUGAAAAAUCGGAGAAACCAGCCGAAAAUUCGCCGUUUAAGAAAUUGCAGAAAAAUCAAUACAAUUCACCGCGAAAGGACUCCCGUCGCCCCCCACAACUCAGUAAAGAGGAGAAAAGUGCCGCCGAAAAUCGGAAACAAAAAACCGAAUAUUUCAAUAAAAAAUAUCGAUACGGGAAUUUCGACAGAUAUUACGGAAUCCGUUUGAAUCCUGGAGAGUCUGACAAGCGGCUUUCAGUUUUUCAGAAGGAUUGGUUCGAGCACAAGCAGGCUCUUGAUAUUGGUUGUAACGCUGGUUUCCUGACUCUUUCCAUCGCAAAAGACUUCUCGCCGCGUCGAAUUAUCGGAAUUGAUAUUGAUGAGCAUUUGAUUGGAGUUGCACGCAAGAAUAUUCGACAUUAUUGUGAUCAUGAGACUGAGGUAUCCGGAAAAUUCCCCGCCUCAUUUGGUGUACAAUUCGGCACAGUAAGCCAACGAAACGAAGCUCCUCGAUCAUUUUCCACAAAAUUCCCCGAUAAUAUUUGGUUUAAAAAAGAGAAUUAUGUACUGGAAUCGGAUGAGAUGCUUGAUAUGAUUCAACCGGAAUUUGAUGUGAUUCUUGCAUUAUCAAUUACAAAAUGGAUUCAUUUGAAUUGGGGUGAUGAUGGAAUGAGGAGAUUCUUUAGAAGAGCUUAUGCUCAACUUCAUCCUGGAGGCCGCCUAAUCAUCGAACCACAAGCAUUCGACAGCUACAAAAAACGUGCAAAAAUGAGCGAGGAGUUGAAGGCAAAUUACUCGAAAAUCGAGUUUAAGCCCGAGGAUUUCGAGAUGUGGCUCAUCGAAACUGUCGGAUUUGAAUCUGUGGAAAAGCUGGGCGUCGUCGGAGCCAAAUCAAAAGGAUUCGAACGUCCGAUUGAUGUUUAUUUGAAGCCAUUGCACCCGAAAACUGACGCCAUUCCGCUGGGAUAUAUUUGACAAUUUUUCGCUCAAAAUUGCCCCAAUUACCCCUAAAAACAUUAUAUUUACCCAAUUUUUCUCCCCUUUUGUUCUCUGAUUUUUAUUGAAUUUUACCAUUUUUUUUUUGUAAAAAAACCAUCAAAAAUGUGAAUUUUCAAAAAAAAAUGUGUAAAAAGACAUUUUUUUGCUAGAAAUGUCAAAAGAUCAACUUUUUGGAGUGUUUUCUAGGAAAAAAACCGGGAAAUGUGGAAUUUAAAGCUUUUCAGUCGAGUUUCAUUAAUUAAGUUUCGAGACAUUUUUAACUUUAUCCCCAAAAAAAACAAAAAAAAUAUAUUUUCAGUUUUUCCUAGUUUUCUAAGAAAAUUGAAGUUUAAAUUCCAAUUUUUUCUAGAAUUUUGCCAACAAAAAAAAUCGAAUUUUUUAGACUGCUUUCGUGCAAAAAUUUGAAAAUGUUGAAAAAAUUUUUGCCUUAUUUUCAGUGAAUUUUCCAUAAUUUUUGCUCAAAACCCCCAAAAUUUUUCUUUUUUUUUCCCCUAUUUUUUGUCUUCCCCUGCCCCCUCCCUCACAAAAUUACCCAUUUUUUGUUCUAUUUUUUAAAUGUUGCUCCCAUUUUACCGACUUUAUUCUAUUUUAGAACUGUUUGUUCUUUUUCAAUUCUCUAAAAACGGUGAAUUUUUAUAUUUAUUAAUGCAAAAAAUCUGUGAAUUUCCU